AUGAAUAGACCACGAAACCGACAGCAGCGGCCGCCUCGCGAGCAGAACCGGGGUGGCCGGCGAGGACCACAGUCCGGCUCCCAGAUUGGAUCAGUGCCCACCAUUCAGCAGGUCGUCCAUGGAGCGUCGGUUUCGAUAGUAUUGAAGGAAGACCAGCCAACAGGUCGUGAAGUCCAAGGAUCUGUACAAGACCUUUUGACUCGAGGCAAUCAUCCUAGGGGAAUAAAGGUUCGCCUUACAGAUGGCAGGGUGGGAAGAGUCCAACGCAUGGCGACCGGCUCGACAUGUGCAACACAAUCAAGCAGCGCAGCUCCAACCCACCAGCUCACACAUCACAUGGUGGACAAUUCAGCAGCUACUCCUGAUGGCCCUCCACCUCGCUCGCUGGCAGACUAUCUACCUACUUUGCAGCGCGAGCCUGACCCGCCAAUCCAAACAAGCAAGGCUACCUUCACAACUGCGACUGCCACGUGCCCAAUUUGUGGAUUGUUCGAGGGCGAUGAGGUCGCAGUCUCUCAUCACGUCAACGAACAUCUCAGCUGA